AUGCUUCCUCUGAGUCUUCAGUUUAGUGUUAUUCUCUAUGCCAUUUUAUUUCGUCUCUCGCUAUGUGUUGACCCGCAGUACGAAUAUUGCAAACGCAAUCAAACAUGUGGAAACACAAAUUUCAGGUUUCCAUUUGGCGUAGGAAAUCGUAGUUGUGGUCUGCUAGGUUUUCAGAUCGACUGUGUGGAUAAAAUCCGUCCAGUAAUUGAACUAGGGAGGCAGCAGUACACAAUAUUACAGAUUUUCAAUGCUAAUCAAACUUUCACGAUGACAAAUGACAAGAAUUUCCAGCAUUGUGAAUUUAUCAAUUUGAUCGAAUUAUCCUGGGAUUCAGGAUACAGAGUUUUUAAUGUGAUCAACAUAGAAAACGCAAGUCUGUUGGUAUACCAGUGUGAUGAGAAAUGUGUGCUCUACGGAUCUUAUCCAGAAGGGUAUCUAAAUGUGUCAUGUUUUCCAAGAAUGGUGACUCUUCAAGUGCAAACAGUGCAAUGGACUUUUGCCAGCGAACUAGAGCAGAAGUGUAGACCUUGUGAAAAAACGAGGGGUUUUUGUGGGUUUAACUUUACCUAUUCAAGAGAUUUCUUCUGCUUUUGCCAGGACGGACCUCAGGCAAGUCAAUGCCCCCCAGGCAAAGCUGGAAAAAGAGCUGUAAUAGGUGUGGCCAUUGGAACGGUCAGCUUGCUGACAAUUGCGGCACUGGCUGGAAUUUUCUAUAGAAAGUCAAGGACUACUUCCGACGUGGAGCGAUUCCUUCAUGAUCAUGUUGAUGAAAUGCCCAGAAGAUAUUCAUACUCUCAACUGAAGAAGAUCACCAACAAUUUUACAGAAAAACUUGGAGAAGGGGCUUUCGGCGUGGUUUACAAAGGUAAGCUCCUGAGUGGUACUUUGGUGGCUGUUAAAAUUCUUGAUCAAUCAAGACACAGCGAGAGUCAGUUCAUGAGCGAAGUCGCAACACUUGGGCGGAUCCAUCACAUUCAUUUGGUUCGCCUGAUGGGGUACUGCUUUGAAAAACCCAGAAGCGCACUUAUGUAUGAGUACAUGGCCAAUGGGUCUCUGGAUAAGUUUAUAUUUGCAGGAAAGGAGAAGACCCAAAUGCUCAAUUGGGAUCGAUUGUACUCAAUUGCUUUGGGAGCAGCUCGUGGGAUCGCGUAUUUACACCAAGAUUGCAAUAGAUGCAUCAUCCAUUUUGAUAUUAAGCCUCACAAUAUAUUACUGGACGAUGAGUUCACGCCCAAAGUAGCUGAUUUUGGUCUGGCUAAAUUGUGUGUGAAGGGGCAGAAUCACAUAUCAAUUACGGCAACCAGAGGGACGUUGGGAUAUGUUGCACCAGAGACGUGGUCAAGAAAUAUGGGACCUGUGACGGACAAAUCAGAUGUUUACAGUUUUGGAAUAGUGUUGCUGGAGAUUGUUGGAGGCAGAAACAAUCUUGAUGUACAGUUAGGCCGCUACAGUCAAUUUGAAUUUCUGCAGUGGGCAUUCAAAUUGAUAGAGUGUGGAGAAUUGGAAAAGAGGUUAAAGGGAGUAAAAACAGAGAGAGGAUAUGAAGAAGAGGAGAAGGCAGUAAGGCUGACAAAAGUGGGACUGUGGUGCAUUCAACAUAAUUCUAUGAAUCGGCCAUCGAUGAACAGGGUGGUACAAAUGUUGGAAGGAAAUGGUGAUGAUGUAAGUAAUCCUCCAUUCCCCUGCGACUUCUUCAAUUCACCAGAACCGCCAUUGGUUUCACAGGAAGAAUCUCUAGUCGUUGGAGGAGUUAGUGAAGUGGUGUAA